UCGGAGCGUCAGUGCGGCGCGAAGAUGGCGGCGGCAGCGGCUGCAGGCCCCGGGGCGCUCCAGGCGCCGAGCUCGCUGCUGCUCGUGGUGGGCGGCGAGUGCGGGUGCUCGGGGCUGCUUGCCUAUGUGCUGGAGGAACUUGAACGAGGCAUCCGGUCCUGGGACAUUGACCCUGGCAUUUGCAACCUAGAUGAGCAGCUCAAGGUUUUUGUGUCCCGGCACUCUGCCACCUUCUCCAGCAUCGUGAAAGGCCAGCGGAGCCUGCACCACCGCGGAGACACGCUGGAGACCCUGGUCCUCCUGAACCCAUCAGACAAGUCCUUAUGUGACGAGCUCCGGAAUCUUCUGCUUGACCCUGCCCCUCACAAGCUGCUGGUGCUGGCUGGGCCCUGCUUGGAAGAGACAGGGGAGCUGCUGCUGCAGACGGGGGGCUUCUCGCCCCGCCACUUCGUCCAGGUCCUAGGGGACAAAGAGAUCCGGGAUCUCCUGGCAUCCACACCCCCACCUGCAGACCUGCCCAAGCUCACCAUCACCUGCCCAACCUUCGGCGACUGGGCCCAGCUGGCACCCGAAGUGCUCAGCCUCCACGGCGCACUCCAGCUGCAGUGGAACCCACCCGCACAGCUGCCGGCGUCUGAGGGCCUGCGUGAGUUUCUGGAGUAUGUGGCGGAGUCGCUGGAGCCGCUGUCUCCCUUUGAGCUGCUCGAGCCGCCGGCGUCCGUGGGCUUUCUCAGGCUCGCCCGGCCCUGCUGCUACAUCUUCCCCGGCGGCCUCGGCGACGCUGCCUUCUUCGCCGUCAAUGGUUUCACCGUGCUGGUCAACGGUGGCUCCAACCCCAAGUCGAGCUUCUGGAAGCUGGUGCGGCACCUGGACCGGGUGGACGCCGUGCUGGUGACCCAUGCGGGCGCCGACAGCCUCCCGGGCCUCAACAGUCUGCUGCGGCGCAAGCUGGCGGAGCGCGAGGAGGCGGCGGCCGGCGGGGGCUCCGGGGAUGACCGGCUGCGCAGGCUUAUCUCCCCCAACCUGGGGGUCGUGUUCCUCAACGCCCGCGUUGCCGCCUCGCGUCUGGUGAGCGGCGAGGACGAGGCGGAGCUGGCCCUGAGCCUCUUGGCCCGGCUAGGCAUCACACCCCUGACUCUGAACCGCGGGCCGCUCCCGGCUGAGCCCACCGUGCUCUUCCAGAAGAUGGGUGUGGGCCGGCUGGACAUGUACGUGCUGCACCCGCCCGCGGCUGGCGCCGAGCGCACGCCAGCCUCCGUGUGUGCCCUGCUGGUGUGGCACCCCGCGGGCCCCACGGAGAAGGUGGUGCGCGUGCUGUUCCCUGGCUGCACCCCACCCGCCCGCCUCCUGGACGGCCUGGUCCGCCUGCAGCACUUGGGCUUCUUACGGGAGCCCGUGGUGACCCCCCAGGACUUGGUGGGGCCUCGACGAGCUGAGAGCAAGGAAAGCGUGGGCUCCCGGGACAGUUUAAGAAGAGAAGGCCGGACAACAGCACCCGGCAGAGCUGCCCAGGAGCGCCCCGGGGUGGCCCGGAAGGACCCACCUCGGGCUGAGGCCCCCCGCAGGGCUGAGAAAGAAGUCAGGGUCCCCCGGGAGGUGAAGAAGGACCCCAAGCCGAGCAUCCCUCGGACCCAGCCCCGGGAGGUACGCCGGGCGGCCUCCGCUUCAGUCAGUGUGAAGAAGGCGGGUGCCCUGGCAGCCCCCAGGUCCCGCAGAGCACCCAAUACCCCCCGCCCAGGUGUCCCGCCAGCAGAGAAUGGGCCCCGCAGCCCCCCCAGCUUCCGAUGUGGAGAGGCCAGCCCCCCAACAGAGGCCUGUACUUCCCCAGCCGCCCAGCUGGUGGCCACACCCAGCCAGGAGAGCAGCCUGGAGCUAGGGCUGAGCCCAGCCGGGGAGGACAGCGGCGCCUUGGAGGAGAAGACGCUGGAGCUGCUUUUGGAUGCCAGCACUCCCAGGCCACGCACACCCUCGCCUACUGGAGCCCAGCAGGGCCCGGCUGAGGGCGGUGGGAGACUGUCGCUGAGCCCGCUGCGUGGCGGGGAGGCCGGGCCAGAUGCCUCACCCACAGUGACCACGCCCUCCCUGCCCGCAGAGGUGGGCUCCCCACACUCCACAGAGGUAGACGAGUCCCUGUCAGUCUCCUUCGAGCAGGUGCUGCCGCCACCGCCUGCCACCGCAGGGGAUGCUGGGCUGAGCCUCCCACUCCGCGGCCCCCGGGUCCGGCGAUCAGCCUCCCCGCACGACGUGGACCUGUGCCUGGUGUCACCCUGCGAGUUUGAGCACCGAAAGGCUGUGCCCAUGGCGCCGGCGCCUGCGUCCCCUGGCAGCUCCGAGAGCAGCGCUCGGUCCCAGGAGCGAGCAGGCGCUCCAGGGGCUGAGGAAACGCCACCCACAUCUGUCAGCGAGUCCCUGCCCACCCUGUCUGACUCAGACCCCCUGCCUGCCGCCCCCGGCACUGCGGACUCAGACGAGGACAUGGAGGGCUUUGGGGUCCCUCGCCGCGACCCACUGCCCGAGCCCCUCAAGUUUCCCCCACCGCUGCCCACCCCACCCAGCAUCUGCAUGGUGGACCCCGAGAUGCUGCCUCCUGAGCAGGCCCGGCUGACAGAGGGCCUCAGCCGUACCCGGAAGUCCCUGGCUCGCCCUAACCCCAGCACGGCCACCUCCAAAGCCACUCCAGCGACCACUGCCAAAACCAAGGGACUGGCUGGUGGAGACCGGGCCAGUCGGCCACUCAGCACCCGGAGCGAGCCCAGUGAGAAGGGAGGUCGGGCACCUCUGUCCAGAAAGCCCUCAGUCCCCAAGAUGACCACUCGGGGCCCAUCUGGGUCAGCUGGAAGCCGCCCAGGUGGGUCAGCAGCCCCUCCCGGCUCCCCUGUCUACCUCGACCUGGCCUACCUGCCCAGUGGGAGCAGCGCCCGGCUGGUGGACGAGGAGUUCUUCCGGCGGGUGCGUGCACUCUGCUAUGUCAUCAGUGGCCAGGACCAGCGCAAGGAAGAGGGCAUGCGGGCUGUCCUGGAUGCACUGCUGGCUGGCAAGCAGCAGUGGGACCGUGACCUCCAGGUGACCCUGAUCCCCACCUUCGAUUCGGUGGCCAUGCACGAGUGGUACGAGGAGACGCACGCGCAACACCAGGCGCUGGGCAUCACGGUGCUGGGCAGCAACAGCACCGUGUCCAUGCAGGACGAGGCCUUCCCCGCCUGCAAGGUGGAGUUCUAGUUCUGGGCCGCCGCCCGCCCCCAGCCCGGAGUCUGCCGCUGCCUGAGAUUCCCCUGCAUCAGAAAUAAACCAGGUACCCCACUCGGCUGUGGCCUCCGUUCCUUCUGCUGACAGGAGACUUGGCAGCGUCCAGGGCCGUCAUCGUCACUGUGCUGGCCCCCAGUUUCGGGGGGGGGAUCCCCAGGAGCCCCCAGGGGAGGGCGUGCCUGUCUGGUGCAGAGCACCAGCGGCUGGCAUGUGCUGCUGACUGCGAGGGGCUGAUUUUACCAGUGGGGAAGCUGGUAACCCUGGGCGGCUGCUGGACCCGCACCACACACACCAGUCCGUGGCCCAGGUGAGAUUGAACACCAGGCUCUGGGCUCCAAAGCUGGAAAACAGGUUCCUCUCCAUUUCUAGAGAUAAUUGAUGCCCACGGCAGGAGACCCUCAUGCGACAGGUCUUAAAGAAGAAUUGGAAACCCAGAGGUUACAAAACAUCAAUUCCUGAAGGACCCCCUUCCCUGCUGUCUGCACACUUAGGGAUACUUAGACAUAACGUUAGAGAAGGUACCACGCGCUGGCGUAGAUGGCGACCUGGAAAGCGCACAUCUGUCCUGUCACCUGAUGUCUGAGUGUGACCGAAUAGAGAGAUGGAAUGAGGUGAAGGAUCUUGGGAUUAUCUGGAUGGGCCCUAAAUCCAAUGACAGGUGUCCUGAUAAAAGACAAAAGAGGUGACACUGACAGAGGAAGGCCUCGUGGAGAUGGACACAGGGAUUGGAGCAAUGGGGCCGCAAGCCAAGGAACACAGAAGCCUCCAGAAGCUGGGAAUGGUGAGGAGUGAUCCUCACCUAGAGCCUUCUGAAGGAACCAACCCUGCUGGCACCUUGAUUUCCAAGUUCUGCCUCCGGAAGUGCGUAGAUUGAGCUGUUGUUUGUGGUGCUUUGUGACGUUGGCCCCAGAGGAGCUGUUUGCCACCCGGCUCCCUUCCCUGGACGUGGUGGUGAACCACGCGUGUGGCUGUGAAGGCUCUCCUGCCGCGGACUCACUCCUGUCUCACAGCUCUGGAGGCUGGAAGUCAGGGUGCCGGCGCGGUCGGAGUUUGGUGAGGACGCUUCCUGGCUGGCACAUGGCUGCCUUCUGGCCCAGCACUCACAUGUAGAGGGAGGGGGCAUGGCGGCACGGUCUCUCACACCCCCUUCUUAGGAGAGCAUGAAUCCCAUUGCAAACCCCCCUUCCACUUCCUGAUUAUCUCCCAGAGCCCCCAUGUCCUCAGACACCAUCCCGAUGGGGAGUCGGGCUUAAACAUAGGAAUUGCGGCGGGGGGGGAGUUGUACUGGUUAGGUCUCAGCCUAUCCGUAUCCGGCGUCUGGGUGGACUGGCCCUUGUGGUUGCUCUGACUGUAAGACACCCUUCAGCAACACCGAUCUGGAAACGGAAAAAAAUAAAGGUUUCUUACUUACAAGA